ACGGCCAACUUGUGUGAAUUGCGGUAGUCAAGCGGAUACAGCAUAAUUGUUUGUGAUGAAUGGGGUUUCGGUUCGAAUCCUGGGUCGAAAUUGUGGAAAGGGAGGGUUUUUUUACGAAAAUAAAGCCCGAAUGUUAUGAGCCUAAUUUCACACGUGAGGUUUUUAUGGUUGGUUGAGCCAACCAUAAUGUCAUCGUAAUGUCAUACAUUUUGCAUGGUUGUGAAUCGUGGUUUGGUUUCAUAUGUAUGGUUGCAUAUAUAGCUCCUAAACACAAGUCUACAUUGCUACCCAGUUUCACCACAGUGACAAUGACUGUACAUGUACAUGAACAGUACAUGUAUGCCAUACAUGCACUUAUCUCAUCAACAGUCUGCUAAAUAUGAUCAAAGAGUUCGUUUUCGUAUAGUACUAGGCGGUUACCGAUAAGGCUGCUUCAGGAUUUCCCUAGACUAGAUUGAACUUGAUCGCAAUAACUUUUUCGACAGCCUGCAAGAUAGGCACCAUGCAUCGUGCCCUUGGAUAUUCUGGCACUGGGUGUUAGAACUCUUACUAUUUCAUUGAGGCCUUGUUGCUGUUGUUGAUCAGAUUUCAGAUGGAGGCCAUCAACAGAUGCAAUACCAGUAUCCUCGCCCUCUCAGUCGGACUGCACUUCAUCCAAGGGGGCGAGUCCAGUCAAGCCUCGUGAUAGCUGAUCUCGACAACGUGGACCAUACGGAAGGCAACGUCUGCUUUAAGCCUGUUGACCACCAUUCUAGUGGAAAACCCUGGGACAGGUGCAAGACAGCCUUCGUGGAACCUAACGUCACGCUGGUCUCCCCAUCUAAGGGCAACGUGAAAGUGGGCGACACAAUUCACUAUCGGAUCGACUCCAACCUCGCCCCAAAACAGGACUGCGUGUCAGGCGGUAACUUCUGGUUCGCCGUGCUCCACUCCCCGCGGAACCCUGAGGCCAGCUGCGCCGGCUUCGUGGUCGACCAUUGUAACGGGUCCUAUGAUCUGUUCAUGGUGGCUGCCUGGGCAGGGAACGCCACGCUCAACCUCACCCUGGUCCACACGGGCGAGGCGGUUAAUCACCUGAGGAACGUGGUUUGGCCCGCCAAGGACAGGGUGUCAUUCAUUGGUUAUUACAGACCAGCAGCCAACAAUGCCACGGAGAACUACAAAACCUGGCCACAUGGAGUGUGCAACUUCAGGCGUCCAGGAAACUGGAGCGGUGCCUGCGAGUAUCCCUAUCCUAAGGCGAUGGGUGAAUGGAGGCUGGUGUGCGAUAAUCCUACUGGCGUAUCUUGCGAGACAUUGUCUACCAUGAAGGGGCAUGGUGCCAGAAUAGAAGGCAGCGUGUCGACGCUGACAAAGGAUGUGAAGUAUCUUUUUGCCAGACCAAAUUCCUACACUCGGGUCGAAUCAACCGCUGUCCAUUUAACAGUUGAAGGAACAAGUGAAAUGGUCAGCAAUAAAUUGCCACCGUGUCGUCCGGACCAGCCAAUUCCACAGUUCCAAGGAUACUGGAAAGACGGCGUCUGGCACUCUCUGUUGUGUGAAAUGAAAACAGACUGGCGGGAAAAGAAACGUCUGAGACAGUGCCUGCAGAACAGACAACUGGUGCUCCUUGGUGACUCUACCACCCGGCAGUGGUUCUUAAACUUGCAGGGCAUGAUCGGCAUCCAAGCAGUGAAACCACCCGGCGAUGUGUAUUGCUGCAACAUGGUGCGUGUCUACAAGGAGCUCAAUGCAUCCAUGCGGUUCCAGAUUCACCCUUACGUCCUGGCCAGCUACGCGGUGGACAUCAAGAACACCAUGUUUGAGGUGGAUGUUCUGGACGGGCUGGACGACCCUGCCUGCAAUUACAUCGUCGUCCUCAGUCCCUGGGCCCAUUUUGCGCAGUGGAUCCGGGACAGCUACAUUACAAGGACACUACUGAUCCGGGAGGCUGUCCUCCGUCUCCGGAAACGGUGUCCUGGUGUGCCGAUUGUUGUUAAGGGGCCACACCCGCGCAACCACCGUACCUCCUCCUCCAUCAUUUAUGGCAGCGAUUACAUCAUACGACAGAUUGGCUUGAUUAACCAGGAAACAUUGGGAGGCAUAGGUGUGUGGUUUCUGCCUGUGUGGGACAUUAAUCUGGCAUACCCCCUCAAUAACACUGUUCACAUGCCUGACAAAGUUGUUUAUGAAGAGCUACAAAUGUUCCUCGCCUUUGUAUGCGAGGCGCACUAGUAGUAGUACAGUGAAGUACAAACAAACCUGCCUGCUGCUUUUCAAGUAGGUUAGUUUAUACCAUAUAACCAAAAAGCAGUCGCAAAAUCUUCUCUUGACUUUGGUAACUCCUCGAAGUACAUGUAUUGUUCAAAUUACUCACUGAAAAACAAUAAAGCCAGCAGUUUUGACUGAAUGUAUAAAUUUCCUUUGUAGGAAAGGAAGUUUUACAACUCUAAAUCCUUAUCCCCUCAGCAUUUUCCAAGGAACAUUCUUGAAAUCUCCAGAAGUCACUUUUAAUGGAACCCAAUUUUAUGUUUUCUACCUUUCAAAAUCUUCUAGUCAGCCACCUAGCCCAAGUGGACUCCCUGACCGUACUACGUUACGGAGGGAGUCCAGGGUAUACAGGGUGCAAAAUCGGGCGAAACAUUUUGUUACUAAAAUUUGCAACAUUUCUACCUU